GGUAACGACAAGAAGAUGGAGGAAAAGGAGCCGGUCAAGAAUCCAGGAUUCCCGGGAGAGUUUUUGGAUUCUGCUUCCUCUGACGGCCAUCCGGUGAUGGACGUGAAAGAAGGAGAGGCCGAUGAGACGGAGGCUUCCGAGAGCGAAGCGGAAUCGCGCCGUCCACAAGCAGAAGCUGACGAAGACGGGCGCGUGCAGGCCAAAACAGAAGAAGAGUCUUCCAAAGGGGAGCCGAGAGACGGCGACGACCAAACGCACCGGACGACGGAGUCGGCGCUGUCGGACGAGGCCGAGCGUCGGGAUCCGAAGACGGAUUCGCCAAGGCAACGGCCGAGGUCAAUUCGGGCAGAAAUCGUCUGGUGAAGAUGUCCAAGAUGGCAAAGCCAACGGGCGCACCGAUGACGUCGGCGCAUCGCGAGCCAAAACGCUCGACGAGGAAGAGGAGCUUUUGGUUUCGCCAUCGGAACCAUCCGGGGAGUUUUUGGACUCAGUCAGCUCGGACAGUUUUGUGGAGAUGGAUUUCAACGGGAAGGAGGAAACUGAGGCAACCAAGAGUGCCGAGUGCAGCCAAGAUGAGUCAGGGAAGGAGUCGUUCGGCGAAGACGCGGGCGGCCGUCUGGCGGAUGACGAGCGAGAACGCAUCCGGCGUGAUGCGGUUCCCGACUCGGGGGCCCGACAAUACGAGGAGGAGCGCAGCUUUGCCGCAACGAACGGCGACAAGAGUCUUUCCUUGGACAAAAGUAGUGAAUCAGCAAAGCAACCGGUACUGAAGUUUGUUCGCUGCAGCGCUUGUGUCCGCCGUGACAACGACAGCGAGGAUCACGAGAAGACUCCCAAGAGCGCGGAGGCCGUCGGCCACUCCGGAGCCAAAGUGGACGACGAGCCCAGCAAAUCGUCCACAGACUCAGCGAUGGCCAUCAGGGAUGGAGAUCUUGCAGAGGAGAUGAGCGAGCUUGAGGUUCAGUCUGACGACCGGCGGCCCGAAUCGCCCCGGCAAGAGGUUUCAGAAAGGGUUUUGGACUCCAGCAAUUCGGGUUUUGAGACAGAGACUAGCAGUAAGAGCGACUUCGUGGCCCAGGAGCGUGAGCACAUCCAGUGCGAUGAAACGGACGGGAAACGCAAAGGAGAGGAGGAAGAAGAGUUGAGCAAAACAACUGGGGUAACGAAAGAGCGGUCAUUGAGGCUGAGACCGGAAAAGGAAGAAGAGGAAGAGCUGAAGAGUGAAGUAAAAAAGCAAAAGAGAAGACUCCUGUCUGAGGAGGAACUGGCCAGAAAGGAAGAGGAGGAGGCUGAGCGCCGAGUGAGGGAGAAAGAAAAGACAAUACUUUUGUAUAGGGGGAAAUUGCAGCGAGAGGAAGAGGAGGAGGCGAUGAAAUUAAUGAGGGAGAAGGAGAAAAGAAUACAGCUCCUGGAAGCGCUGAGGAAGAAGGAAGAGGAGGAGCUGGAGCGGCUGGAAAGGGAGAUGGAGAAACUCUGUAUGGGAGUGGAUCGAGCAAAGAAGGGAAAAGAGGUGAGUGCACUCUUUUGCCAGGAGGAGCUGAUGGGACAGGAAGAGGGGCGAGCAGAGCAGUUCCGCAGGGGAAAGGCGCUGAGAAUGCGCCGCCACCAGGAGCACUUGAGCAAAGAGGAAGUCAAGGAAAUGGAGCAAUUGAGGGUUGAGAAGGACGUAGGACUUUGCCCACGAAAGGAGGAGAUCAGGAGAGAGGAAGAGAAGGAGGCAACGCAACUGAUAGUGGACAAGGAGACAAGAAUACCGCUCCGCCGACAAGCACUGAGAAGGAAGGAAGAGGAGGAGCCGGAGCCUUUAGAAAGGGAGACGAAGCCAAGAACACAUCUCCACAAGGAGAAACUCGGUCCAGGUUUCCAGGGACCAGAAAGGGGAAAAGAGUCGGGGACACACUUCUGCCUGGAGAAGCUGACUGGAAAGAAAGAGGAGGAAGAGGAGCAGUCAAAGAGGACAAAGGAGAUGACAACGCAUCCCCGCCACGAGCGGUUGGGCAAAGAGGACGAGGAUGUAGAGCAGUCGAGGAAGGAUCAAGAUAUAGGACUUUGGCGACACAAGGAGGAGCUGAUGAAAGAGGAAAAGGAGGAGCUUGCGCGACUGAAGAGAGCGAAAGAGACAAGAAUUUGUCGACGCAAAGUGGAGCUGAGAAGAGAGGAAGAGGAUGAAGCGGAGCAAUUGAAGCGGGCCAAGGAAAUGAGACUUCAUCUCCGCCGGGAAGAACUGAGGAAAGCGGAGGAAGAGGAAGAGGAAUGGUUAAAGAGCGAAAUGGACAUUCGAAAAUGUCUCCUCCAGGAGGAGUUUGAGCGAUUUGAAAAGGAGGCCGAGCAGUCAAUGAGGGAAAAGCAGAGGAGGAUGCAAGCCUGCCUGGAGGAGCUGAUGAAAGACGAAGAGGAGGAGGUCGCGCAAUUGAAGAAGGAGACGGAGAGAAGAAUCGGUCGCUGCCUGGAAGAACUGAGGCGAGACAAGAAGGAGGAAGCGGAACGGUUGAAGCGAGAGAAGGAGAGGAGAAUGCAGCGCCACCUGGAGGAACUCCAGAGAGAGGAGGAGGAGGAGGAGGUAGAGAUGUUGAAGAGGGACAAGGAGGACAGAUUUGAUAUUUGCCAGGAACAACACAUGAGAGAAAAGGAGGAAGGGGCGGAAGAGUUGAAGAAAUACUUGGACGCCAGCAAAUGUCUCCUCGAGGAGGAAGACCAGGCUGAGCAAAUGAAGAGGGAACGGGCCUUACGCCAACAAGAGGACCUCAAAAGACAUGAAGAGGAAGAGGAGCAAACGGAGAGCGAGAGAAGAACACAGCUCCAUCUUGAGGAACUGACGAGCGACAAAGAGGAGAAUGAGCAAUUCAUGACAGGACAGGACUUGAGAAACUCUCUCUUCCAGGACGAACUUAGCAGCGAGGCGGAAGAGGUGGCGUGGCUAAGGAGGGGCAAGGAGAUGAGAAUCAGACUUUAUCAGGAGGGCCUGUGGCGAGAGGAAGAAGAGGAGAUCGAAUUCUUGAAGAGACAACGGAUGAGGCGAAUAUGUCUUCACCAGGAGGCGCUGAGAAGAGAAGAAGAAAAAGAAGUGGAGCAGUUAAAGAGGAAAAGGCAGACGAGAAUGCGUGUCUGCCAAGAGGAACUGAGAAGAGAAGAAGUGAAUGACUUGGAGAAUUUAAGAAGGGAAAAGGCAAAGAGAACACAUCCCCUCCUGAAGGGACUGCAGGAAGAGGAAAGGGAGCAAUUGAAGAGGAUGAGAAAAAACCUCCAUGAGCUGUUAAAGGUGGAGAUGCAGCUCCAUCUGGAGGAACUGAUGAGAGAAGAGGAUGAGGCAGAGCAAUCGAAGACAGGGAAGACAAACUCGUGGCUCUGCGGGAAGGGGCGGAGCACAGAAGACGCAGCAGAAGGGCAGUUGAUGAGGCAAACGGAGACACAAAAGAUGCUCCGUGAAGACCGACCGAGAAGUCAGGAUGAGGGGAUCGGGUGCCUAAAGACGGAGGUGAGAAUGUCGCUCUGCCAGAAGGAGGUGAAGACAGAAGAGGAUGACGCUGAGAAAGUCAAGAGAGAGGAGACAAAAUUAUCGCUACGCCACAAGACAGACAUAGAAGCAAAAGGACCGUUCGGGAGGGAAAUUGAGACCCAAACAAUGCGCCGUGAAGACCGACCGAGAAGUGAGGAUGGGGAGCUAGGGUGCUCGAAAAGGGAGAGGAUCAGAAUGUCACUUUGCCUGGACGAGGCAACGAAAUUGAACAGAGAGAAGACAAAAUCGGAGCGGAGCACAGAAGAAGAAGUGGACGGGCAGUUUAUGAAGGAAAUUGAGACCCAAACAAUGCUCCGUGAAGAUGAGCCGAGAAGUGAGGAUGACGAGGUGAAGCGCUUGAAAGGGGAGAAGAUCAGAAUGUUGCGUGACCACAAGGAGCCAAGAGAAGAGGAUGAGGCAGAGGAAUUGAAGGGAAAGGAGACAAAAUCGUGGCUAAGCCAGAAGGAGUGGAGCACAGAGGAAGAUGCAGGAGGACUGUUUAGGAGGGAAAUCGAGACGCAAACAAUGCUUCGUGAAGAUAAACUGACAAGUGAAGAUGAGGAGGGAGAGUGCUUGAAGAGUGAGAGGAGAAGGUCGCAUCGCCAGGAGGAGCCGAGGAGAGAAGAGGACGAGGCAGAGAAACUGAAGAGAACCGAGACAAAAUUGUGCCUACGCCAAAAGGGGCGCAGCACAGAAGAAGAAGAGAAAAGGGUGUUGGGAAGGGAAAUGGAGACACAAACAAUGCUACGUGAAGAUGAACUGAGAAGUGAGGACAACCAAUUGAAGAGGGAGAAGGCCAGAAUUGCUCUCCGCCAGGAGGAGCCAAGAGAAGAGGAUGAGGCAGAGAAAUUGAAAAGAAAGGAGACAAAAUCGGGCCAAUGCCGGAAGGAGCGGAGCACAGAAGAAGAAAUGGACGGCCAGUUUAUGAAGGAAAUUGAGACCCAAACAAUGCUCCGUGAAAACGGACUGAGAGUUGAGAAUGAGGAGGUAGAGUGCUUGAAUAAAGAGAUGAGAAUGUUGCAUCGCCAUGAGGAGCCGAGGAGAGAAGAGGACGAGGCAGAGAAACUGAAGAGAACCGAGACAAAAUCGGGCCAACGCCAGAAGGAGCGGAGGACAGAAGAAGAAGAGAAAAGGGUGUUGGGAAGGGAAGUGGAGACACAAACAAUGCUCCGUGAAGACAAACUGAGAAGUGAGGACAACAAAUUGAAGAGGGAGAAGGCCAGAAUUGCUCUCCGCCAGGAGGAGCCAAGAGAAGAGGAUGAGGCUGAGAAAUUGAAAAGAAAGGAGACAAAAUCGGGCCAAUGCCAGAAGGAGCGGAGGACAGAAGAAGAAGAGAAAAGGGUGUUGGGAAGGGAAAUGGAGACACAAACAAUGCUCUGUGAAGAUGAACUGAGGAGUGUGGAUGAGGAUGUAGAGUGCUUGAAGAAAGAGAUGAGAAUGUUGCGUCGCCAAGAGGAGCCGAGGAGACAAGAGGACGAGGCAGAGAAACUGAAGAGAACCAAGACAAAAUUGUGCCUACGCCAAAAGCGGCGGAGCACAGAAGAAGAAGAGGAAAGGGUGUUGGGAAGGGAAAUGGAGACCCAAACAAUGCUCCCUGAAGACGAACUGAGAAGUGAGGACAAUAAAUUGAAGAGGGAGAAGGCCAGAAUUGCUCUCUGCCAGAAAGAGCCAAGAGAAGAGGAUGAGGCUGAGAAAUUGAAGAGAACCGAGACAAAAUCGGGCCAACGCCAGAAGGAGCGGAGGACAGAAGAAGAAGAGAAAAGGGUGUUGGGAAGGGAAAUGGAGACACAAACAAUGCUCCGUGAAGAUGAACUGAGAAGUGAGGACAACAAAUUGAAGAGGGAGAAGGCCAGAAUUGUUCUCCGCCAGGAGGAGCCAAGAGAAGAGGAUGAGGCUGAGAAAUUGAAGAGAACCGAGACAAAAUCGGGCCAACGCCGGAAGGAGCGGAGCACAGAAGAAGUGGACGGCCAGUUUAUGAAGGAAAUUGAGACCCAAACAAUGCUUCGUGAAGACGGACUGAGGAGUGUGGAUGAGGAGGUAGAGUGCUUGAAGAAAGAGAUGAGAAUGUUACGUCGCCAGGAGGAGCCGAGGAGAGAAGAGGACGAGGCAGAGAAACUGAAGAGAACCGAGACAAAAUUGUGCCUACGCCAAAAGGGGCGCAGCACAGAAGAAGAAGAGGUAAGGGUGUUGGGAAGGGAAAUGGAGACCCAAACAAUGCUCCCUGAAGACGAACUGAGAAGUGAGGUCAACAAAUUGAGGAGGGAGAAGGCCAGAAUUGCUCUCCGCCAGGAGGAGCCAAGAGAAGAGGAUGAGGCUGAGAAAUUGAAGAGAAAGGAGACAAAAUCGGGCCAAUGCCAGAAGGAGCGGAGGACAGAAGAAGAAGAGAAAAGGGUGUUGGGAAGGGAAAUGGAGACACAAACAAUGCUCCGUGAAGAUGAACUGAGAAGUGAGGACAACAAAUUGAGCAGGGAGAAGGUCAGAAUUGCUCUCCGCCAGGAGGAGCCAAGAGAAGAGGAUGAGGCUGAGAAAUUGAAGAGAACCGAGACAAAAUCGGGCCAACGCCAGAAGGAGCGGAGCACAGAAGAAGAAGAGAAAAGGGUGUUGGGAAGGGAAAUGGAGACACAAACAAUGCUCUGUGAAGAUGAGCUGAGGAGUGUGGAUGAGGAGGUAGAGUGCUUGAAGAAAGAGAUGAGAAGGUCGCAUCGCCAGGAAGAGCCGAGGAGAGAAGAGGACGAGGCAGAGAAACUGAAGAGAACCGGGACAAAAUCGGGCCUACGCCAAAAGGGGCUGAGCACAGAAGAAGAAGAGGUAAGGGUGUUGGGAAGGGAAAUGGAGACCCAAACAAUGUUCCGUGAAGACGAACUGAGAUGUGAGAAUGAGGAGGUAGAGUGCUUGAAAAGGGACAUGAUCAGAAUGUCACUUUGCCCGGAUGUGCCAAGAGAAGAGGACGGGGCAGAGCAAUUGAAGAGAACGGAGAUAAAAUCACGGCUACGCAAGGAUGAAGAAGCAGAAGGGCACUUGAUGAGGAAAAUGGAAACGCAAACGAUGCUCUGUGAAGAUAAACUGAGGAAUGACGAAGAGGAGGCACGGCGCUUGAAGUGCGAGACCAUGAGAAUGUCGCUCCGCCAGGGGGGGCUAAGAAGUGAAGAUGAGCCAUUGAAGAGGGACAAGCUCAAAUGGUCCCCCCAGCAGGAGCUGAGGAGGAAGCAAGAGGAGGAAGGACUGAAGGAGGAGAUGGAGGUAAGAGCAACGCUCCACCGGGAGGGGUCGAGGAGAGAGGAUGAUGAGAUGGAGGAAAGGGAGACAAACCUCAAUCUCAACAAAGAAGUCACGUGCGCUGAAGAAGAGCAGGAGAAGAAGAGAUUGCAGAAUUUCCCGGAGGCGCUGAGUACGGAGGAGGAGGAGGACGAGGACGAGGACGAGGACGAGGAGGACGAGGAGGAGGAGGAGGAGGACGAGGAGGAGGACGAGGAGGAGGAAGAGGAAGACGAGGAUGAGGAUGAGGAUGAGGAGGAGGAGGAGGACGAGGAGGAGGAGGUGGAAAGCUUAAAGAGGGAGAAGGAAAAAGGGGUGUAUCUCCGGCAAGAAGAAUUGCAAAAAGAAGAGGAUGAGAUGAACCAAAACCCAAGGGAGCUGAGAGAAGAUGAAGAAGAGGACGAGGAGCUGGAAUUUUUCAAGAGACAAAAGCAGAGAGGAAUUUGCCUCUGCACUGAAGAACUGAAGAGGGAGGAAGAAGAGGAAGUGGAGCAGCUACAGAGAGAAAAGGAGAUAAGAAUGCGCAACUACGAGGAGGAGCUCAGAAGAGAAGAAGAAAAGGAGGCGGACCAUUUAAAGAGAGAAAAAGAGCGGAGAAUACAUCUCCUCCAGGAAGAGCUAAGGGUAGAGGAACAGGAGGAGGCCGAGGGAUUAAAGAGGGACAAGAAGAAGCGAAUGAGUCUCCUCCAUGCGGAGAUGGAGAAAGAGGAAGAGACUGAGCGAUUGAAGUGGGGAAAUGAGAGGAGAGCGUGGCUCCACCAGGACGAACAGAGCAAACAUGAAGAGGAGGAGCAGUUUAAGAGGGCUGAGGAGAAAAGAAGGAGUCGCUACCUGGCGGAAAAGGAGACGGCAGACCCUUUCGAGAUGGGAAAGGAGACGAGAACGCAGCUUCACCAGAGGAGAGAGGAAAGAGCUGAGCUGGAACAACUAAGGGAGGAAAAAGACAAGACCAUCGAUCAUCUCCAGGAGGAGCUUCUUAGAGAAGAGGAGGAAAUGUUGCAUCGGGACAAGGUAAAGACAACUCCUCACUGCCAGGAAACACUGAGGGAAGGCGAAGAAGAGGAGGUUGAGCGCCUCAAAAGCGAGAGGGAGAAGAGCCGAGAGGAAUUGACGCGAGAGGAAGAUGAGGGAGCAGAACAGUUAAAGAUAGAAAAGCAAAAUCGAAUGAGUCGUCUCCAGGAUGAGCUGAAGAGAGAGACGGAGGAGUUGAUUGACAAAUUGAAGGCUCAGAAGCAGAGGAGAAUGCGUCUCCGACAAAUCGACCUGUGGGGAGAAGAGGAGGAGUGGAAACUCAAGAUUGAGUAUAAGGAAAGGCUGAGGGCUUUGCGCCAGAGUCUCCUGGCCAAGAGGAGGGACGAGGAGAUCUUGUUGGACGACGUGUUUGAGCAGAAGGACAAAUUAACAGAAUGUGUCCACAUGGAGAGAGAGGAGGAACAACUGAAGAGCAGGCAGGACCGUGAAGCCGCCCAAAGAGCACUUCACCUUGCACUUGAAGAAGAACGGGAAGCUGAACACGAUAGGCUGAAGGCUCGAUUCCUGAAGCGUCUGAAGGCCGGGUCCGUAGACGAGCUGCAUGCACUGAGAACAGGACCGCAGGAAGGCAGGGGGGAGAACCUGAAGUUUCUGACGCCAGAGCAGGCACGAGAGAAGACUCUGGAUUCGGGCUUCCGCGGCACUUUUCGCCCGCCGAAUGGAGCAGCUCCGGAGCCCCAACAUGAGAUAUUCGGCGCUUUCAUCCCGAUUCCUCAGAGGACGAACAGCGGCCAUUUGUCAGCCUACCCGGCGGCCGCGCGUCCCUCGUCGGGUACUCCGGAGUCACUGUUCUGUCACCCGAGAGCAACGGCGCCCGUGGACCCGUUCACCACCACGUCCCUGAGAGAAACCUACCUUGCCAAUCCUCCCGCUGGGUACUGCGAUCAGCUGGGCCUCAACAAAUUCAACGAGAUCACCGUUUAUCGUUUCCAAAGACAAAAUGCACAAUGGACGCCUUCUGUACACAUGUGAAGACACCGUCUACGAAUAAAUCGCUUCUACAUUU